GAGGCCCACCUUGAGACCCCACUGAGGAGUUAGGGAAGAUGUUUUUGAUGGGUUAAGGACAGGUGGUCCCGCCAAGGACUGAGCACCGUGGAGCGGGGUCCCUCACCCUAGAUGGUACUGGAGAUUGGACAGGACCUCCAGUACCCAACAUGUCAGGGUGGGAAUCUUACUACAAAAACGAGGGCGAUGAAGAGGAAGAACAAGAGGAGGGCGUUGAAGCAGAUGGAGACCAUAAAUACUCAGGAAGAGAUUGUUUGAUUUUUUUGGUUGAUGCUUCCAGAGCUAUGUUUGACUGUCAAGGUGAAGAUGGAUUGACACCUUUUGACAUGAGCAUACAGUGCAUUCAGAGUGUGUACACCAAUAAGAUCAUAAGCAGUGAUCGAGAUCUUUUGGCAGUAGUAUUCUAUGGGACUGAAAAGGACAAAAAUUCUGUGAAUUUCAAAAAUAUUUAUGUCUUACAGGAGUUGGAUAAUCCAGGUGCUAAACGAGUGCUAGAGCUUGACCAGUUUAAAGGGCAGCAGGGGAAAAAACAUUUCCAAAACCUUCUUGGCCUUGGAGCUGACUACUCCUUCAGUGAAGUGUUGUGGGUCUGUGCCAACCUCUUUAGCAACGUCCAGUUCAAAAUGAGUCAUAAGAGGAUCAUGCUGUUCACGAAUGAAGACGACCCUCAUGCCAAUGACAGUGCCAAAGCCAGUAGGGCCAGGACCAAAGCCGGGGAUCUGCGUGACACAGGUAUCUUCCUUGACUUGAUGCACUUGAAGAAAGAUGGGGGCUUCGACAUAUCCUUAUUCUACAGAGAUAUCAUCAGCGUAGCAGAGGACGAGGAUCUCAGAGUUCACUUCAAGGAAUCAAGCAAGUUAGAAGACCUGUUGAGGAAGGUUCGUGCCAAGGAGACCAGGAAACGUGUGCUCUGCAGGUUGAAGUUUAAGCUCAGCAAAGAUAUAGCACUCAGCGUUGGCGUUUAUAAUAUGGUCCAGAAAGCGUUCAAACCCCCUCCUAUAAGGCUUUAUCGGGAAACCAAUGAGCCAGUGAAAACCAAGACACGGACAUUUAAUGUGAACACAGGCAGUUUGCUUUUGCCUAGUGACACCAAGAGGUCUCAGAUUUAUGGGAGUUGUCAGAUUGUACUGGAGAAAGAGGAAACAGAAGGACUAAAACGGUUUGAUGAACCAGGUUUGGUUCUCAUCGGUUUCAAACCCAUGACUAUGCUGAAGAGGCAUCAUUACCUGCGGCCCUCCCUCUUUAUAUACCCUGAGGAGUCCAUGAUCAAUGGAAGUUCAACUCUCUUCAAUGCUCUACUCACCAAGUGUCUGGAGAAGGAAGUCAUGGCAGUGUGCAGAUACACACCUCGUCAGAAUAUUCCUCCUUAUUUUGUGGCUUUGAUGCCACAGGAAGAGGAAGUAGAUGACCAGAAAGUCCAAGUGACCCCCCCAGGUUUCCACCUUGUCUUCUUACCCUAUGCUGAUGAUAAACGGAAGGUGCCUUUUACUGAAAAGGUCAUGGCGAACCCAGACCAGGUAAACAAGAUGAAGGCUAUUGUUCAGAAGCUCCGCUUUAAAUACAGAAGUGACAGCUUUGAGAACCCAGUGCUGCAGCAGCACUAUAGGAACCUGGAGGCCUUGGCUUUGGAUUUGAUGGAGCCGGAACAAGCAGAGGAUCUGACAUUGCCCAAGACUGAAGCUAUGGAUAAAAGACUGGGCUCCCUGGUAGAUGAGUUCAAGGAGCUUGUCUUCCCACCAGAUUAUAAUCCUGAGGGGAAAGCUGCUAAGCGAAAACAAGAUGGUGAUGGUUCUGAGAGCAAGAAGCCCAAAGUGGAAAUAUCUGAAGAGGAGCUGAAGGCCCAUGUCAGCAGGGGCACACUAGGGAAGCUCACUGUGCCCACGCUGAAGGAAGCCUGCAGGAUGUGUGGGCUGAAAGGUGGACUGAAGAAGCAGGAGCUGCUGGAUGUGCUGACUAGGCACUUUCAAGAGUGACUGAGGCCACUAGAGCUAGCCUAGCCCCCUUCCACAUGGUAGGAGGCUGCCUGGCUUCUCAUCCAGUUAAAACAUGUUUCUUGGGAGUCGCGCAGUAGGUUAAGCGCACGUGGCACAAAGUGCAAGGACUGCUAUAAGGAUUCUGGUUCGAGCCCCCGGAUCCCCACCUGCAGAGGAGUCGCUUCACAGGCGGUGAAGCAGGUCACAGGUAUCUUUCUCUCCCUGUCUUCCCCACCUCUCUCCAUUUCUCUCUGUCCUAACAGUGAUGAUGACAUCAUCAACAACAAUAAUAGCUACAACAAUAAAAAAAACAAGGGCAACAAAAGGGAAAAUUAAAAAAAAAAAAGUUUCUUCUGCACAAGGGAGUCUGCCUUGGCAGAAACCAGGGAGUUUACGUUUAUGAGACUGAUGCCAUGAAAACAGUAGUUUUUCCGAUUUGGUGUGCCUUACUUCUGAAUAAAGAACCCUAACUUUGUACUA